UAUACACUAAAUUACGUCAGGAGGUACCGCUGCGGUCUCCUGUGACCUUUGGCCAUCUCACAUCUGUUGCAAAUAAUGUUCCUUACUUAAAUUUAUACCUUCGUUAAGAACCCGUUAUCUAUUUUUUUUUUCGGGACGUGUGUGACUGUAUGGAUGACAGCAUAAUCAUCCAUGAUUCUAGAAGUCGCAGAGGGAUCGUAAUGAUUUUAAUACAUUUGUUGGAGAUCAAAAUUAUAGCCGAAAAUAGUCGUUAUCAUGGAGAGAGAUAUCUUGUAACCUUUAGCAGCUAUGAUCAUGAUGUAUCGGAUGGUGGAUGGAUUCAUUUAACCUAACCGUUACAUGAAAAUCGGGCGUGUCACAAUAUUUCUAUGACAUUGCGGAGGAAGUCCCAGAUGACAAGUGGAAGGACUUGGCUCACCAGCUGGGGUUGAAACGAGCCAAGGUCAGCGCUAUAGACGCCGAGAACCGUUACCUGAAGGAGAAAACCAUGAAGACUUUAGACACCUGGCGACUGAAGAACGGCAGGUCAGCCACAGAGGCCUGGCUGAGGAUGGCUCUACAUGAUGCUGAUGUGGGAUGGAUCGCAGACCAUGUGAUAGAUGGAGUCCCAGAUGAGGUUGAGCCACCCUGGAAGUCAGGAGUACAGGAGGAGGGGAGACAACAGACCAGCACCUGUUGCACAAGUAGCCAUGAUGUCAGCUAUUCAAAUACAACACUAGCUUUGACAGAGGCAAAAGGUGCACUCCUGGGUAUUGAAGGUGACAUGAAUCAGUUACAGAUACAUGACAGACAUCGAACACCCUUGGAACAACCUACUUCAUCUCAAAGUACAUGUGGGGGAGACAACAGAAGUCCCCAGGGUGGGGUGACCACAGGUCUACUGUCCUCCUCUGGGCAGUUCUUUCACAAGCAGGGCCCGACAGUCUACCCGAUGAUGACAAGUCCUCGAGGUCAUGCACUCAUUGUGAACAACUCCAUAUUUGAUGGGAACCUCUCCGACAGAAAGGGCGCUGAUGUUGAUGUAAAAACUGUUUUCAGCCUGUUGAAAAGCCUGGGUUUUACAGUGAAGCAGCUUUUGAACAAAAGUGCACAGGAAAUGCUGAAGGAACUGGAACAUUUCUCCAAACUGGAUGAUCACAAAAAUGUUAGCUGUUGUAUUGUCUUCUUGAUGUCUCAUGGCCAAGAGGGCUGCAUCAUUGGCAAGGAUGGCAAGACAGUCAUGCUGAAAGAAAUCUUUUCCCUUUUUGAUAACAUUCAUUGUCAAAAGCUGCAGGGAAAACCAAAGCUUUUCUUCAUUCAAAGUUGUCGUGGAGCAAAAGUUGACAGGGGAACAGUUUCUCCAAGAGAUGCCCCAGAUGCAGCUGGGGGUCUGAAUGAGCAGAGUCUUCCCUCUCAACUGUUUGGUACGCUGCAGGGGGGUGAGGAUGUCCCAGAUGCAGCCAGGUGUGUUGAUCAACCAACAAGGACAGACAUGUUCUUUGGAUAUGCAACACAGGAAGGAAACAUGGCCUUCCGAAAUGAGACACAGGGCAGUUGGUAUAUCCAGGCAAUUGACAAAGUCUUCCGGCAACAUGCUGCAGAUACUCAUGUAGCAGACAUGAUGACGAUGGUGAACAAGAUGGUGGCUGAACAGACAGCACAUUGUGAGAACUCAAACUAUACAGGAGGCAAGGAGGCUUCAGAGUUCUUAUCCAACUUACAAAAAAAUCUCUACUUCUUUCCUGGCCUUUAAGUCUGCUGCAAACACGGUCAUUUAAACUUGGUGAAUCUAAAGUUCAGGCUUCAGCAAAAGUCACUGACCACAUUUUUGCUAAAUGUCAUUUUUAAUUUAUCAAAUACGUUAAUUUUAUAGUGAAGCUAACAGUCAAGGGUUGUCACAUGAAUGGGCUAUUUUUGGACACACUAUUAGUCUUUUAGAUCUGUGCACACAAUCUGAAUCACAUUUCAUUUAUUGACUUUUAUCAAAAGCCCCCUUUUUCUCUGUUCUUGCAACAGUAAUACACCACAGAGUACCAGAUUUAACUGAUGUUGAGCUCCACGCAUUAUACAUGUACUACCGCGUCUACCGGUACAACAAAUUCAAGCAAUCAAUAUCACUCAGUGCAGUAUGAUAUUAUAGUUAAAAAUACUGUAACAGUAAUUAAUGAUAAUACAAAUUGAUACAGUAAAUAUUUCACAGGCAAAUAGAGAUGGCUCAGAUGGAAGGGUGGGGAAUAU